AUGCCAUCUGAGGAGUUUGUCCGUGGGAUGCUCUAUCUCUCCCUCACUGUUGUGGGAGUCCCAGGUAACAUGGCUGUCAUUCUGGCAUUCCUCCUCUUGCUCUAUAACGAGAACCAGCUCCUCCCAGCUGAUGCCAUAGUGCUGCACCUGGCCUGUGCCAACCUGCUGGUGGUGGGUGUACGCUGUUUGCUGGAGACCCUGGCUUCUUUCCACCUGGCCAACAUCUUUGGAGACACUGGCUGCAAAGCUGUGAUCUUUGUCUACCGAACAUCACGUUCCCUCUCUAUUUGGCUCACCUUUGUCCUGAGCGCCUACCAGUGCCUGAGCAUUGCCCCUCCUGGAUCACACUGGGCGUCUGGCCGUGCCUUGUUAGCCCGCUAUUUGGGCUUUGUGUUCCUCUUCCUCUGGGUCCUCAACACCUGCAUGAGCUCAGCAGCCAUACUCUUCUCCUUUAGCACCCAGAAUGACUCCAGCCUAACGAAUCAUGGCAUCAAUGUACAAUUUUGCUACGUGUACUUCCCUUCUAAGUUGUCCAAAGAAGCCAACGGGGCAGCCCAGGUGGGCAGAGACGUUGUACCCAUGGCUCUCAUGACCCUAGCCAGUCUGAUCAUCCUGGUCUUUCUUUACAAGCACAGCCAGCAGGUGAAGGGACUCCGCAGAAGCAGUGGUGGCAGUGGUGGGGCUGAGCAACGAGCUGCAAAAGCAGUGGUAGCGCUUGUUACUUUGUAUGUGGUUCUCUACGGGGUAGAUAAUGGGCUUUGGGUGUACACUCUCACUGUGAGAGAGACCAUGAGGUCCUCACUGAUCUCUGACCUGCGUAUAUUCUUCUCCUCACUCUAUGCGGCACUAAGCCCUGUGGUUAUCAUUGCAUCAAACAGGAAGGUGAAUGUCAGAUUGAGGUGUGUAGCGCAGGAGAAGCCUGUUCAGGAAAAAGCGACAAGUGUCUCGACUAUGUGA